AUUGCUUCAAAAACAUAAAUUCUCUGCUUUAAAACACAAAUUCACUGCUUUACAAACAAAAAUUCAUCGCUUUAAGCACACAAAUUCUUUGCAUUAGCAGUGAAUUUGUGUAAUUAAUGCAGAACUUAUACAUAGAGCUAUGUUGCUGUAGAUCAAACCGAAAUGACAUCUUAAUCUCUAAAGUCUCCAACUUUAACGCUUAAUAACUCAAAAUCGACCGCCGCGUUUUUUUGUCAGAUUCUUUCGUUUUGAGUGAAAACGAAAGAAUAAGUAUAUUUUUAUUAAGAUUUAAGGUUAUAUGCGGUUUUGACAUGUGAGAGGCUAAAGCUAAACGUGCAUUGUCAAAUAUUGUGACAUAAUUGAAUAUUUUGUACUCGACAUGCAUAGGUGUUUGUGCAUGAAACGAAAGAAUCUAGCAGAAAUAAGCGUCGCUGUGCUUCGAGAUUGCUCAAGAUUUCCGAAAAUAAAGAUGUUACUCAUUAAAGUUGAUGACUAUUUAGAUUAAGAAAUCUGUUACAUCGAUGACAUAGAGGGACACGAGAUAUGAUAGAACAACACUUAUUUUUGCUAGAUUCUUUCACAUCAUGCAAAAAUGCAUCAAGCACGCAUUGAUCCUGACACAAUUAAUAUUACCUUGGAAAUAUGAUUCUUCUAAAUGGAAUUUGUGGCGAAUGUACAGAACACGAGCAAAUCAUAAAAUCAAAGAAUACGAAGGUCGCAAAUUAGUGGGCUUUUCAAUGGAGAAAAUGUACUACGUAGUUGCCGAUGUGGGAAAUUAUAGAAAUUUCUUACCCUUUUGCAAAAAAUCUGAAAUUACUUUGAAAACCAAAGACUUCUUGAAGGCCAAUUUAGUAAUUGGGUUUCCACCUAUAAAUGAAAAUUAUACUUCAACAGUGACUAUAGUACAUCCAAGGCUAGUUAAAGCCGAAUAAUAAAUAUAUAUAACUUUAACAAGAUUGUAUAACAAUAAGACAAUAAAGUUAUAGGUUCUCUGACUAAAUCUAAAAAGAACAAUUUAAAAAGGAACGAAAGCCAAUAAGAGCCAACACAGAGCAGUAACGUGUAAAUUAUUUAUUAACAAAAUUAAAGUUAAUGAUAUAUGUGAAUUAAUGCAUCAGACGCAUUAAAAAAUGUAUCAACUAUUAUCAACUGCCUUGAGUCAAAAUAGAAACAGUGCACUGGAAAGAAUGCUAAAAAUUCAGUUAAUCUAGAAAAUUCUCAGCUAAAGUCACUUUAUUGAGUAUUGCAAACACCUUCGUUUUGAAAUGCCAUUUCAAAUUUAUACAUUUGUAUAUACAUACUUUAUUUAAGAAAAAUGAA